AUGAGUAAAGUGAAAAGCGAUAUUUCAAAAAACGAAGCUGUUUAGUAAAGGGAAAUAUUAAAAGAAUUAUAUUAAAAAGAUCUUAUAAAUAAAUAUUCAAAAACUAAUGGAUAUGAUAGAGUUUAUCUUAUUGAGUAAGUAACUGAUUUCUUUGCAAAAUAUAAAGUUAACAAAGAGAAUAUGGAGCGCUUAGAAAAAAAAAUGCUAAAAUAAUUUGAUUAGAAUUACAUGAAACACUUUUAGAUGAAGCAAGCAAAUAUCAUUAAAGAGAAAUCAAUCAAAAAGAAAUCAAAAAUAAUUUCAACAGCAAGUAAAAAAGUUUCAUAAAGUAAGUAAGAGGAUAAGCCUUAGAGUUAGGAGUAGUCUAAAUAAGUAUCGUAAAAUUUAGAUGAAGCAACAAAAAAAAGUGAAGUGUAAAAGACUGAAAUUUAGAGUUUAGGAUCAGUAUCAUUGGCAAAUUCGAAACCUUGUGAUCUAAAAAAAUUAUGGGAGAGAGAAAAUGCAAAAUUAAAGGAAAAAAAAUUAAAAGAGCAAGAAGAAAGAAGGAAAGAGCUAGAAGGACAAAAGAAUACAAGAAAAUAGUAGGAAGAAUAAGAAAAAAAGGAUGACAUUAAAUACAUGUAGUAAGUCAGAAAAGAAAAUAGAAAAUUAGAAAGGUAAGAUAGGGAAAAAGCUAAACAACAAUAAUUAUUAAUGGACAAAGAAGUUGAAAGAAUAGCUUAGCAGAAGGAAGAAAAAAAGAGAUUGUUGCAGGAAGAAAAAGACUAUGAUUUGAAAAAACAUAACGAAAUGAUGGAUAUUUUAAAAAAAUAAAAUAAGGAGGAGGAGAAAAAAGAAGAAAUAAGAGCAAGAGAAGCUAGAAAGCUGUUAAGAAAUCAAAUAAGAGAUAUGAAAAAGUUUAACAGAAGAUAAUAAGAAGAAAGAGAAAUUGAAAAAUAAGAAGAACAGGAGAGAAUGAGAGUCUAUGCUGAAUUAGAAGAAAAAAGGUUUAUAUAAAGAGAAAAAGAAGUUAAAACUAGAGAGGAAAGAGUUUAGCAGGUUAUGAAUGCUUAUCAUGAAAGGACUGGAAAGGAUUUAGACGAGUUGGCUAAGUAAGAUGAAAAUAAAAUGUUCUAAGAAAUGCUUUACUAAGAUAAAAAGGAUAAUGAAGUCCAAGAAAAUAGAAAAAUGAUAAUCAAAGAGAAUAAAAUGAUGAUUAAAAAUACACUAAUGUAGCAAAUGGAUGAGAAAAAAUAAAGAGAACAAAAGGAGAAAUUAAGUGAAAUUAGGAAAGAUAAUUAUUUUAAUGAUUUAAAUCAAAAGGAAAUUAAAAAGCAGCAAGAAGAUGCAAUAAAAUUUAAAGAAAAUUAAAAAACUUAUAAUUAGCUAUUAUAGACAUAAAUAUAGGAAAAAAAUGCUCCUUUGUUAAAAAAAAUGAAUAAUAGAGAACUGCUAUUAAAUAAAAAUAUACUCAAGUAAAUACAAUAAUAAACUUCAUUGCCUAACUCUCCUGUAACUAAUUUUCCAUUUAUAAAAAAAAUUGUGAUUAAGGAUUUUUGA